AUUUUUCCACUAUCCUGUGCCACAUAGUGUUAGAAAUAAUCUGUUAUUCUGUCUCUGUGCAUGGGGAUCACUAUCUGAUGGACUAGGUCCCUAUUUGCACCCUUGUCGACUCCCAGUCCAAGUCGAAACGGAGAUAUUUAAUAAUUUAGCCUAAGCGAAACAGAGGCGAGGCAGCAGUGAGUCCUCUUGUCGCCUAGCUGCUAGCCUCCCUGCCCAGCCUUUAGCAGCUCCUCUCCGUCUUGUGUCCCUCUCUUCCUCUCUCUGUCAGCUCGGCUCACUAGUUCAGCAGGCUAGUACGGAGAGACGAGGGCUGCUCCCUUUCGCCUCUGCUCAGUCUGCCCAGCACACCAUACAUACAUACACCAUGGCUGCCACGGACGUUGACGUCUUUUCGAAUGAAGAGAAGCGUAACCUGAGUUUGGGCGGACAUGUUGGAUUUGACAGCCUCCCUGACCAACUGGUCAGUAAAUCGGUCACACAGGGAUUUUGUUUUAACAUUCUCUGUGUAGGGGAGACUGGAAUCGGCAAGUCAACGUUAAUGAACACGCUCUUCAACACCAUGUUCGAGAACGAAGAGGCGAGCCAUUAUCAGAAUGGCGUGUAUCUGCGGCCGCGAACAUACGACCUGCAAGAAAGCAACGUCCAACUCAAACUGACGAUCGUUGACACCGUUGGCUUUGGUGACCAGAUCAACAAAGAGGAUAGUUACAAGCCCAUCGUCGACUACAUCGACACUCAGUUUGAAAACUAUCUCCAGGAAGAGCUGAAGAUCAAGCGCUCGCUGUUUAACUACCAUGACACCAGGAUCCACAUCUGCCUUUAUUUCAUCGCCCCGACAGGACAUUCCCUUAAGUCCCUGGACCUCGUCACGAUGAAAAAACUGGACAGCAAGGUCAACAUAAUUCCCAUCAUUGCCAAAGCAGACACAAUCUCCAAGAGUGAGCUCCAUAAAUUCAAAAUAAAGAUUAUGAGUGAGCUGGUGAGCAACGGUGUCCAGAUAUAUCAGUUCCCAACAGACGACGAAACCGUCAGUGAGAUCAACUCCUCCAUGAAUGCCCAUCUGCCCUUUGCUGUGGUUGGGAGCGUGGAAGAGGUCAAAGUGGGAAACAAAACAGUGAGGGCCAGACAGUACCCCUGGGGUGUCGUGCAAGUCGAGAACGAGGCCCACUGCGACUUUGUAAAACUCCGAGAGAUGCUGAUCAGGGUCAACAUGGAGGAUCUGAGGGAGCAGACCCACGCCCGCCACUACGAGCUGUACCGACGCUGUAAGCUGGAGGAGAUGGGCUUCAAAGACACAGAUCCAGACAGCCAGCCAUUCAGUCUUCAGGAGACAUACGAGGCCAAGAGGAAAGAGUUCUUGGGGGAUCUGCAGCGCAAAGAGGAAGAAAUGCGGCAAAUGUUUGUCAACAAAGUAAAAGAGACGGAAGCAGAACUGAAAGAAAAGGAGCGAGAGCUGCAUGACAAGUUCGAGCAGCUGAAGCGGAUGCACCAGGAGGAGAAGAGGAAGGUGGAGGAGAAGCGGAGAGACCUUGAGGAGGAGAUGAACGGCUUCAACAGGAGGAAGGUGGCAGCCGAGACGCUCUCCUUAUCUCAGCCCCUCAAGAAGGACAAGGACAAGAAAAAUUAAUUUAUGGGCGCCGCAUACCCUCCCACACACGACCAUGGAUUUGUCCUCCAUCACCAUUGCAACGACAACACCUGUUUAUUUUGUUUGUUUAUUUCGAUGUUUUGACAUUCCAUCUUGACAUUGUGUACACGGACCAAAGACACUGAGGAUGAUGAUGAUGGUGAAGCCACAGGGGAGAGAAAAAGAGUGAAAGAUGGUGAGAGAUAAUGAGGAGAAAAAAAAUGUUUGCUUACCAGCAGUGGCCAUCUCAUUUAUUCAGGAUCUUUCAUGCUAUGCAUUUUUUUGGGGACACUUUUUAUAUAUAUAUAUGCAUUUUGUUAUUUCUAUGUUGUGAUUUAAAGAUUUUCUGUUUUUUUUGUUUUUGUUUUGUUUCCAUCAACUACUCACACAGAAACAAGAGGUCCAAACCUUUUGGUACUACAGUGUAACACAGUGGUCAUUUUAAACCGUUUAAUAUGUAUUUAAAGAAUUUAGGGUGACAUUUAAAUGACUAAUCAGUGAAAUCAAACCUUUCCUAAACUCUUUUAAAUACCUUAAUCUGUUGGAAAUGUGUCAAAGUGUGAUGUGCCUGUUGACCUUUUUUUUUAUUAGGUUCAUUUAAGAUAAAUCCCUGAGCCCAAAUAAUACAUUUAAAUAACAUUAUGUAACGCAAUAAAACUGAGUACCUGUAUACUGUAUAUAUUACUGCAUAUACAUUGGUACUGACAACCUAAAGCAUAGUCUUAAUAAAAACAUAUGCAAUAUUCUGGUGCUGUUUCAUAUUAACUCAAUCAAUGUAUGUGAAUAUUUUCUAGAGCUUACCCAGCUUGAUAUGCAAAAUGUAUUUUGACUAUGAUAUUAUUGUAAGAAGCACAUAUGACGGUGUACAUUGUCCACAAAUGAUGUAACUUUAUUGUAAACCGUGAGUGACCGCCUUGAUAUGAGUGUUGUGACGGUGGACACACACGUUAACAUGAAGCCAGUAUAUUUACAUACAUACACAGGAUUCAGGAAAACAUAGAAGCCUCAGCUCGCUGUAGAAGAGUUUACACUCUGAGAGAGAAGAGAGCAGCUGUAUUUACUGUCUGUCGUUGGAAAUAAAUGCGAACCUCCUCCUUCCUGA